UCAUCCCCGCGUCUACUUUAUCAUCCCCACCAUGCAGCCCGUUCGCAUCUCCUCCCACUGGCGUCGUGUCUCUGUCCUUCUUCUCCAGCCUGGUAGGGAGGGAUCAGGAGGAGGAGGUGGAGGUGCUGGACAUGGAGCGCGGCACUGUGCGGUGCGCGGCCAACUACGCGCCGCUGACGCCGCUCAGCUUCAUCCAGCGCGCCGCGGCCGUCUACGGCGACCGCCCCGCCGUGGUGUACGCGGGGAGGCGGCCAACCACGUGGAGGGAGGCCCGGGACCGGUGCGUCCGCGUGGCCGCCGCGCUCGCCACCCGGUUCGGCGUCGCGCGCGGCGAUGUGGUGGCUGUUCUCAGCCCGAACGUGCCGGCCAUGUACGAGCUACACUUCGCCGUGCCCAUGGCCGGCGCCGUCCUCUGCACGCUCAACACGCGGCACGAUGCGGCCAUGGUGUCCACCCUCCUGAAGCACUCCGAUGCCAAGGUGUUCCUCGUCGAGUCAGGCCUUCUCGGCAUCGGGAGAGACGCGCUACAGCGUCUUGCCGACUCCAGGUCCGGCGCCGCCAGCAUUCCGGUCCUCGUAACCAUCUCCGACGACACCGACUCCAUCGACCCUGACGCCUGCGGAAAUGAGUAUGAGGCUCUCAUCAAGAGUGCCCCUUCGCAUUUCGACAUCCGCUGGCCGGCGAACGAGCUGGACGCCAUCACGCUCAACUACACGUCUGGCACGACGUCGCGGCCCAAGGGCGUGAUCUACAACCACCGGGGCGUGUACCUCAACACCAUCGCCACGGCCCUCGCUUACGACAUCACUCUGAUGCCGAUGUACCUGUGGACGGUGCCCAUGUUCCACGGCAAUGGCUGGAGCAUGACGUGGGCUGUCGCCAUGCAGGGUGGCACCAACAUCUGUCUCCGCCACUUCACGGCGAGGGUCAUCUUCGACAACAUCGCACGACAUGGAGUGACACACAUGGGUGGUGCACCUACGGUUCUCAACAUGAUCGUUAAUUCGCCCGCGGUGGAUCGAAGGCCAUCGUCGGCCGAGACGGUGGUGCGUGUUAUGACGGGCGGCGCGCCGCCCCCGCCCCGCGUCCUGGCUGGAAUGGAGGAGCUUGGCUUCGUGGUAUAUCAUAUAUACGGCCUCACCGAGACGCACGGUGCAGCCACUGUGUGCACGUGGAUGCCGGAGUGGGACGCGCUGCCGGUGGAGGAGCGCGCACGGCUCAAGGCGCGGCAGGGGUUCCAUCACAUAGCGAUGGAGGAUGCCGAUGUCAAGGACCCGACCACCAUGGAGAAUGUGCCGCACGACGGCAAGACGGUGGGCGAGGUGAUGUUCCGUGGCAACACGGUCACGAGUGGGUACUACAAGGAUGUUGAUGCGACCAAAGAGUCCAUGGCGGGAGGGUGGUUGCGCACAGGGGACCUUGCCAUCCGGCACCCAGAAGGGUACAUCCAAGUCAAAGAUAGGGCCAAGGACAUCAUCAUAUCGGGCGGCGAGAACAUCAGCUCGAUAGAGGUGGAGUCCAUAAUCUUUGGCCACCCAGCGGUGCUCGAGGCAGCGGUCGUGGCGAGGCUCGACGACCAUUGGGGGGAGACACCAUGUGCCUUCGUCAAGCUGAAGGAUGGCGCAAGUGCCACAGAAGCAGAGAUCAUAGGCUUCUGUCGGGAGAAGCUGCCACACUACAUGGUGCCCAAGACAGUGGUGUUUGAGGAUUUGCCCAAAGCUUCCACCGGGAAGACACAGAAGUUUGUUCUUCGGGAGAAGGCCGGAGCGAUGGGAAGCCUCACGAAGGCCGGAAACAGCAAAUUGUAGCAUUUGUUGGUGUGGAUGGAAUAUUGUUGUAUUUUUCUUUCACAUCUUGUUGUGUCCUCAUGUAAUAUUAAGGCGGGAGCAACUAGUUAACGAGCACU